AUGGGGAAGAUAAUUUUUUAUGAAGGGAAAAACUUCCAGGGCCGCUCUUAUGAAUGCAACUGUGACUCUGCUGAUCUUCACUCCUUCUUUAGCCGCUGCAAUUCCAUACGUGUGGAGAAUGGAAACUGGAUGAUCUAUGAGCAUCCCAACUACAAGGGACGCCAGUACUUCCUAAAGAAAGGAGAAUAUCCAGAUUAUCAACAGUGGUUGGGUUUCAAUGACUCUGUGAGGUCCUGCCGAAUGACCCCACAACACCGUGGCACCUUCAGAAUAAAGGUUUAUGAGAAGGAAGAUUUUGGAGGUCAUAUGAUGGAAUUCACAGAAGACUGUCCACAUGUCCAAGAGCAGUUCCAUUACAAUGACAUAUAUUCUUGCAGUAUCCCUGAAGGCCAAUGGAUCUUCUAUGAAGACCCAAACUAUAGGGGACAUCAGUACUACUUGAGGCCUGGUGAAUACAGACGAUAUUCUGAAUGGGGAGCAAGCAGUCCCAGAGUUGGCUCUUUCAAGAGGGUUCUGGAUGUGUACUGAGGCCUUUGAC